CAGGUUGGGCUGCGGUGGAGGCGGGGAGGUGUCGCUACCUUCCAGCCGAGAGCGAGCGAGCGAGGAGGGGCCGCCCCUGCAGUAGCAGCCGCCCCGGCAUCAGCAGGUUGGCUCCGGAGCGCGGAUGGUGAGAGGGGCUGCCCGCCAGCCCCGCACCGGCCCGGCCUCCAGCCAUUGCAGUUGCACAGAUUGCAUCCGUGUCCCAGCCGGUUCAUGCAGAUCUCCACGGGACUGGGCGCCUGCAUGCUCACAUGGGUCUCUGAGGAGGGGAAGCAUCUUGUAUCGGUUAGAACGGCCGGUGUGAGUCCAGGAGUAAGUUUGCCCUGAAAGAAGCCAUGUCAGCGGGCUGCAUGGAGGAUGACAUCCCUCAGGGGGAGAGGAAAACAGUCACAGACUUCUGUUACCUGCUGGAUAAAUCCAAACAGCUCUUCAAUGGCUUACGAGACUUGCCUCAGUAUGGGCAGAAGCAGUGGCAGUCUUAUUUUGGGCGGACCUUUGACGUUUACACCAAGCUCUGGAAGUUCCAGCAGCAGCACCGGCAAGUUCUGGACAAUCGGUACGGUCUUAAGCGCUGGCAAAUUGGCGAAAUCGCUUCCAAGAUCGGGCAGCUUUACUACCACUACUACCUUCGCACAUCAGAAACCAGCUACUUGAACGAAGCCUUCUCCUUCUACUCUGCAAUCCGCCAGAGGUCUUACUACUCACAAGUCAACAAAGAAGACAGGCCUGAACUGGUCGUUAAGAAACUGCGCUAUUACGCCCGGUUCAUAGUGGUUUGCCUUUUACUCAACAAAAUGGAUGUUGUCAAGGACCUUGUCAAGGAAUUAUCGGACGAGAUUGAAGACUACACCCACCGCUUCAACACAGAGGACCAAGUGGAGUGGAACCUGGUUCUUCAAGAGGUGGCGGCAUUCGUUGAGGCAGACCCUGUGAUGGUCUUGAACGAUGACAACACCCUCGUGAUCCUCUCCAACCGCCUCUCUGAAACAGGAGCCCCUUUGCUGGAGCAGGGGAUGAUUGUGGGGCAGCUGACUGUCGCAGAUGCGCUUAUCAUUGGCAACUGCAACAAUCAGGUGAAGUUCAGCGAGUUGACAAUCGACAUGUUCCGGAUGCUGCAAGCUCUGGAGAGGGAGCCAAUGAACUUGGCAUCACAAAUGAGCAAGCCUGGGCUGCAGGAGACGACCGAGAAGCCAGCAAGAAGGGAAAACCCUCACAAGUAUUUGCUGUACAAGCCAACCUUCAGUCAGCUGUACACCUUCUUGGCUGCAUCGUUUAAGGAGCUGCCUGCGAAUAGCGUCCUGCUAAUCUACCUGUCUGCAACGGGCGUGUUCCCUUCAGGUCGUUCGGAUAGUGAAGGUCCCUACGAUUUUGGGGGUGUCCUGACAAACAGCAACAGGGACAUUAUAAAUGGGGACGGCAUCCACAAGCGGAACCAGUCGUACAAAGAGAUGCACUGCCUCCACCCUGGCGAUCUCUAUCCUUUCACGAGGAAGCCUCUGUUUAUCAUAGUGGACUCCUCUAACAGUGUCGCCUACAAGAAUUUCACAAACUUGUUUGGACAGCCCCUGGUGUGCCUACUUUCACCAACAACAUACCCCAAAGCACUACAAGAUCAGUCUCAACGAGGUAGCCUCUUCACCUUCUUUCUGAACAAUCCUUUAAUGGCAUUCCUGUUUGUCUCUGGAUUAUCCAGCAUGCGCAAAGGAUUAUGGGACAAGUGUCACGAUUACCUUCGCAAAAUCUUCCGGGAUAUUGCACAGUUGCUGACUCAUUCCCGUUCCAUAGAUCAGGCCUUCCUCCAGUUUUUUGGAGAUGAAUUCCUUCGCUUGCUUCUAACCAGAUUCGUCUUCUGCUCGGCCACCAUGAGGAUGCACAAAAUCUUCCGGCAGGAAACUAGAAAUUAUCCGGAAUCCUAUCCCCAACUGCCAAGGGACGAAACUGUGGAGAAUCCACACCUCCAAAAGCACAUUUUGGAGUUGGCUUCAAUGCUGGAUGUUCGGAACGUGUUCCUGGAAACCACGCUUGAUGAUUAUUAAAACGGAAACACACACAUUCUGGCUUUCUUACUGCAGUGGGGGUUUCCCAGCCACAGAUUUUUGAAAUGGUGCAGUUUUCUAAUGUGAAGAUCCACAAAAGGAAUUUACUUGAUUUUUAUUUUUAAACUUAAUGAUUAUUUUUUUAACAAAUGAAAUGGCUGUGGGCACGGCUGUUUCAUUCUGUAUGGGGUCAAUUUUAUAAACUAAUUCCUCCUGCAUCUUUUAAAAAAAAUGUUAAGACUAAAGAAAUCCCCUUGGGUUUUAAUUUUUUUUUUUUUAUUUGGUGGUUGAAGCCAGCCACAUGUCACAAACGAUCCUAAGUAUUUAAAAAUGCUAUUGGUCACUUUUAGCCCUUGUGUGUGGAAAUUCUUUAUUUUUGUACAAUUUUUAAAAAUUUGGAAGCAAAAAAGCAAAAAAAAGCAAAAACAAAACGCAAAUAAACCCAAGGAGAAGACUUCUGUCCCCCAAAGAUUCUGGAUUUGAAAUGUGAGUGAUGGGUUCAUACCAUGCAAAGCAGCGAUAGCAAUAAAAAAAAUAGUAUUUCAAGACAACAUGCAUGGUCAACCCAAGAAGGAACAUCAUUUUUAUUUUAACUGAUCCCAGAAAAUGUCGUGUUCCCCGUAAAACCCUUUUAUCCAGAUUUUAAAGCUGUGUUGCAUGUUGGCUACGAAUGCAGGAUUUUUAUUCCAGCGCAGCCUGAAAGAACCAUCUCCUGGCAUAUGAAUUGCAUCAAGAAAAUCGGCCCCUGUCUCUUUAUCGGAUCACCCUCUGUGCCUCUUGCAGAGCCAUGGAGAUCCUCCUACAUCGGGAGGAGGGUUAGAACCGGUCAGUUUUGGAUUCUGAAAUCUCCAAUGGAAAACUGCCUUCCUUCACUCCACGAUGAAAUACCAUUCCUCAGCUGUUGCCCAGAGAGUCAUACCUAGGGAUGGGAAAUACCUCCCUCUCUGCACACGGACACAUGGCAAGAAACUGCUUCAGACUGCCACUGCCAUACUUGGACUGUGUGUGUGGGGGAACCCCCCCAACCCUUUCAUGAAGUUCCCCUAGAUCCAGGACAGCUGCUUUUCUGCCCCCUCCUCCCCGCCCCCUUUCAUUUUUUGAUGACACAAGUCCAUGCUGUGCAGUGACUAAGAUCACUGCCUUGCCUCUGAAGCUCAAGUGCUCAAAAUAAAAUCUUUUAGUUUAUAGUUGUGGGAAAGGCGCGUCCCUCCACCUUGCACCUUGCGUGAAGUGUGAAUCCUCCCUGCCAGAGCGGCUUUUAGAUGGGAAGGGGGAGAACAGGUGGUGGCGAUUAGUGUAACUCUUUGCUUUGUCUAUAGCAGGUGUGGGGGACUCUUUGGCCCUCCCAAUGUUGCUGGAACCACAACUCCCAUCAGCCCUUGUGGCAAGCAUGUGCCACUGGCAAGGAUGAUGGGAGUUGUCAUCUUUUGGAGGGCCAAAGGUUUCCCUCACCUGGUCUACAGGAAGCUCAAGGCUGUUGCAGCAAGGCUUUUGUUGAGUAGUGGCUGCGAGAGGCAACCUAAACUGCCUGAAUGCAGUCUUGUCUUUUCUCAGCGUGUGAGGAACAGGAUGAUGCCAUGGAGGAUGGAAAGGGAUGCUGAGGAAGGGUGCUGCUCUCAAAUUGUCCUCAGCACCCAAUCCCUGCAGCCAAGCACAACCGUCUUGCAAGACCUCAAGGUUUUUAUUCCACAACCCCAAGAAAGAGAUCUGUGGUUAGCAACUAAUCACCAAGGAAGGCUGUGUACACACCAAACCAAACGUUUAAAGCACAUGAUUUCUCCCUCCCCAAGAAUCCUGGGAAACUGUAGUUUGUUAAAGGUGUUGGGCAUUAUAGCUCUGUGUGGGAUAAACUACAGUUCCCAGGAUUCUUGAGGGGAAGCCAUGUGCUUUAAAUAGGCUUUAAAUGUGUGGUGUGUAUGCAGCCAAAGGUACUGAUGCUUUAAGCAGAGCUGCAGGCUUAGCAAGACCUAAAAUGUAAAUAUUUUUCAAAGGAACUGGAAGGAAUCUAAAUCUAAUCAAAUAAGGUGAAUGGCAAGUCUUGGCAAAUGAAUACUGCAUAGGCUUUUGAGUUUGUGUGUUAACUGUCAUUCAGAUGUUCCUGGGUGCGCUGCUGGUGAUCAUCUGUUGGGACUAUUCAGGAUUAACCCUCCGAACACAGCGAGCUCACAUUUCGAGCGCUGUUUUUCACCUUUGUGAGCAUAUUCUGCAACGAUACACUUGUGGGUGUUUUUUUGGAGAUGUAAAAUAGAGAAAUGAGAGUCUUGUCAAAGCUUGAGUUUGUCUGAGGCUGAGGGAAGGGCCAUGGGGCCAGUGUUUCUUGUCCUCUUCCUGCGGCUGUUUUACUCAAGUAAAAUAUUGCUUGCUCGGGAUUUGGUUCAGCAGAGCUGCCAUGCAAACCACUGCCCAGGGAAAGACGCAGCAGCCAGCGUGUUAGGUGCUGCAGCCUUGAGAUCUGUUCCGGAGCUGGAGAAGGCAGUGCUUGGGAGUGAUAACCAAGAGGUGCCUUAGGUCGGGCAAAAAGUGCAAUGGGGACAUAGGCAGUAGAUGCAGAGUUUGCAGAGCUUUGAUGCCCCCCUCCCUUCGCUGCCCUUAAUAAGCCUGGCUUUAAAAUUCCAGGCAACUAGAAAGAGUAAUUCCGGUGUUGGGGGAACCAUUGGCCUUCCUGAUGUUGCUGAACUACAACUCCCAUCAGCCCCUGCAGCAAGCAUGAGCCAAUGGCCAGGGAUGAUGGGAGCUGUAGUUCAGCAACACCUGGAGGGCCAAAGGUCCCCCACACCUGGAGUAGUUUAAUAGAAGUUGUUUCCAUCAGGGUAGGUUUGGUAACUGGCCCUGGUGCAUUUUUGCCUGUGGUGCUUUGUUCUUUCAGUCCCCAUUUACCUGAUUAAUUUUUUUAAAAAGUGUAGGUGGAAGGUGUGUGUUAUAUGUACUAUAUGUACUCUGCCUGCCAACUUGAGAGGUGCUUCUCGUAAAUGUGCGUGUGUUUGUAUAUAUGUAUAUAUUUAUAUAUAGGGUAGCUUGAGAACCAGAUGAAUAACAAAAUAAAAAUGUGCAUAGGCGCUGGGCAGAAUUCAUUUUGUGCAAGAGAGCUUCAUUAAGAAUGCUGUCGCUUGAGGCUGUGAUUGCAUGGGUCCGUGAUUCAGAAGUGGCAUUAAGGCUAAGUGGGAUUUGAUUGGAGAACGUCACCAUCCCCAAACAAUUUAGGGACUUGUGUAUGUCUUAAACUUAGGACGAAUCUGGGACGAGUUUGGGAAUUUGGGACAAGUUCGGUGACAAAUUCUUACCGAACCAUGACCUUGUAAUGCUCACCAGCUGAUUUCUAGGCUUGUAAUGGUGGAAGCCCACUCACCUCGCUGAAACAUGUGGGUGCCAAUGUAUUGCCCCCCCUGCCUCCCAUGAUGUAUGUCUGACUAGGCUUUUAACUGCAAACGGUUCUUAUUGGGGAUUGCCUAAGAACGUGAAACAUCUGUGCUCAUUCUGCAGGCUGAGAUUUCGGUCACAAAGAUUCUCCCUUUGUUUGGGGCGGAGGGAGGAUUUCAAAGAUUUCUCUGGUUGCUUGUGGUGAUCAUACUUCCAUUUCCACAGUUGGUUGUGACUACCUUGCUCCACAUUGCCUCACUCUGCUGGAAUCGCUUGUGUGCAUAGACCUGGAAAGGAGACUUCUGUUUUUUAAGAGUUUAUAUUUUGUAUUCUGUUCAAUAUUUAUUUUAACUAUAGGUCUAGGUUAAAACAGAGCCCCAGUCACCCCCAUUUUAACAUAGUAUAUAUGGAAAACAAAAAUAAUUACAGACCUAUAUUUUUGAAAAGCAAAUAAGAACAAAUAUUAAAAGUUGGUAUGCUUAAAACAAUCUACCACAUGAAUAUUUGUGUAUUGUUCUCUUGACCUUUUUCUGCUCCAAGUGUAAAUGAAACUACUUCUUUUUUCUGGAACAAGUCUGGCUGUUUGCUACUAGCAAAGGUCUUCAGGCUUCCUUAAAGAGCGAAACCAAAGUGGGAGGGUUGAGGGAAGAAUUUAUUUUCCGGCCUCGCUGUGUAUGGGACAAUCAGAUAACUAGGGAUAUCCUUACAGUACCAGCUCCACAAAUGCAAUGCUUCAGAAUUACAUGGGAUAUUCCUGUAUGGCCACAAGAACAGCAGAGGGCAUUUGCCAAAAUGGAAGGCAGUGUCUUUUUCGAUAGCACAUUUUCCUCAAGUAGGCGAGUUUUGCACUCAUUUUAAAAUUUGAUCAUGUGGUGCUAUUGGGGCAGAUCUCGCAUCAAGUAGCAGGGCCAGUUCUCUUGGCUAAAAACGUACUUUAAGCUCUUUCUUAAAAAUUGUGCCACUCUCUUUAAAUUUAGAGAAAUGUGAUUGAGAGACACUGAAAGACUUUCUCUAAUGAACUGUCCUGUGUAUCCAGAUGCCCCCUUUGUUUCAAGGUACUGUAUUCUAUUGAACUUCUUUUUAAAAAAAACACACACAACUUAUUUUUAGAUGGAUUAGUAAGGCUGUCGUUGUGGCUUAUGCAUCUUGCUGAAAUGGGGCGGAAGAAAAGGAAAGCUGCCUUUAAUGUCCGCUAAAGGCCCAGGUUUUAAACAUAAAUGGUUUCUCUCUGUUUUGCUGGUCUAUGCAGUUAGUGGCCUGGGACCUACCCCCACCCCCCCCACACAUACAUAGGCACACAGGAAGCUGCCUUAUACUGAGUCAGACCAUUGGUCCAUCUUGCUCAGUAUUGUCUACACUGACUGGCAGUGGCUCUUCAGGGUUUCAGGCAGGUGUCUCCCCUAGCCCUACCUGGAGAUGCCGGGGACUGAACCGGGGACCUUCUGCGUGCAAAGUGGAUACUGUUCCACGGAGGUAUGACCCUUCCCUGGGUUUCAGUAAGGCAUGGGAAUUAAGGGGUUGUGUUAACAGGAUCCUGGAACGGUAAGGUUUUGUAGAGGGAUCUGAAGCACAUCAGACAAGUGGUGUCUUGGGGGGCUGAUUCAAGCACAUGGGUCAGCAAGGGAGAAAGUGCGGAGUCACUGAGCCUACGGUCCUUCUUCCUCCUAUAAUGAGAACUACCCCUUCCUCUCUGUUCCCAGUUUGUUACUAGUAUUUUCAGAGCUGCCAGUGCAGCACCUGUCCAAUGGAAAGGCUACUGCAUGAGCAGAGGGUGGGCUACAGGGCUGAGGCCCAUUAGUGGUCCCUGGCCCACUCUUUGAGAAGCCACUGCUAUGGUUGAUGGGAGGAUGUUUGCAGUGAAGGGUGAGAUUAAACGCUCGGGACACCAAAAUUGGACCAACUUCUUGUGGCCGCAGCAAGCAGGUCUGCUAAAUGGUGUGAUCCUUGUUGGGAUUGCUGAAUAUGUUGUUGGGUCAGAAAACGUCAAGGUGUAAUUCAUUUGCUCUUAUCAACCUUCAUAGCCUCCUGGACAUUAGUUCAGAAUCUUGAAAUGAUGGUCUUCUGAUCAGUAAGAAACACUUUGUACAGAAAUUACCUUGUAUCUUGACGUUUCGAAUCCUAAUGCACUAAAGUACCAGUUUAAUCUUGUUGGAAUAGCUCUUGGAAUUAAAUGGGGUCUUCUCCUGUGUUUUAUACUCUUACACAAGGGUAACCAAAUCAACUUUAAAGUUUCAGAUCGAGUUUACUCUGGCAUCUCUGACUGGUUUCUGAUUUAAACUCUAUCUUUAGACGAAGUCUACAGUUGCAGGCAUACUUCCUUGAAAGCAAAUUCCAAUGAAACCAUUGGACAUAGACAAGAAGUAAAUGUGAGUGAUAUGUUAAGUAUGAAAUACAUGUCAACUGCCAAGUGAGAACCUCCCAGCAUUCCCUGUGCAGGCUUCUUUAGGUCUUUUACUGUUGUCCUUCAAGCUGUGCUAAGCUAGACAGCCAGAGGGAAAACAUAGACUAAGCUUCCUUAGAUAGAAUUGUGAAUAUCUCUGCCAGGAGUGGCUGAACCGUGACACUUCAGAUGUCGCUGGACUCUGUGUGCCAUCAUUCUGGACCAUGCUGCCUGGGGCUGAUGGGAGCUGGAGUCCCGACAUCAUCUGGAGGGCCAAAGAUUAGCCACCCCUGACUAUGCCAUUGCUUAAAGCACAAGAAACCAGUUCACCCUCCCUCCACCGUUUGCCCUGUUGGGCAGCCCAGUGGGGGCAUGCAAGGGGUUAAGAAUUAAACACACACACACACACACAUAUUCUACUGCUUCCUCUGGAACUAGAGCACAUUUUGCCUUUUCUUUGGAAACUGGAGGAUUCUUAGCAGAUUACAUAGAAGGAAGUGCCUUGUAGGUAAAAAUGCAUCUGUAAUCAGCAGGUUGCUUUUUGAAUACUAGGGACUCUUUACUAUUCCUGUAUUUUCUUGAAGAGCUGGGGACUGACAGUGAUGAGCAUGGAACCACUGGACAUCUCAUGAUGACGUUGUGAGCAGCCACUCCUUGAGCAAGCCUUGCAAGUUAGAUGUCAAAUUUUAGCUUUAUUAUUAUUAUUAUUAAUUGGUGGCUUUUGAAUCUAAUACCACUAAGGCCUGAUUACUGAUUCCACUGUGGAUCUUUGCCUCUGCUUUCAGUGCCAUUUUGCAUGUUUAAGCACAUUUUGUUUGCUUAUGCGGGCCUUGCAAGCCUCUAGGUUGUCAAAUGCUUGGUUUGGCUAUAUAAAAAUUGCAGUGUGUGUUCUGCUGUGAUGAUUCUCCUAGUCCUUUGCUUAUGUGGGCAUAUUUCAGAUAAUGCAGCAGGGAGCAUACGUAAAUCCGUUUGUUUUAAUUGGAUUGGAUCUUGCCGCACAGUUGAAACAAAUGAUUAAAACUAUAAUUCACAUCAGCAAAAAAUCAGACGAUGCCAAUGGCUUUUAAGUCAGGAAGGGCUAUGAAUGAAACCAAGUUUCAGACUCUAACACUAGUCUUAGUAAGAUGGCAGUUCCUGCUAGCAAACAUUAAGUUGAAAUCAAGCAGGUUGAGCAUGACAUAUCUUGAAUGGCACAUCUCCCACAAUGGUGACAAAGUUAUAAACUUUUUUAAAAAAAGAAAUAAGCUUGCAUUAGAAAAUUACAUGCCUGUUUUUCUUCCUUCUAUUAAAAGAACACUUCAUUUGGAAAUUGUAGUACCAUGCCUUCUUCGUGGUAGAAAAGAACGUUUUAAUCUGUGGCAAAUGCUUGUCUGUAAUUGAAAUGUUUAUUGAACUGUGAUGCCAGUUGUAGGGAGUAUACAGCUGUAUAUCUCUUAGAAUCUCUUUCACAAAGAGAUUGAAGCACAAGCCUUUUACAUGUACCUAACCUGUUUCUAAGUGCUGCUAGUCCAUAGUGCAUGUGAUAAUGCUAUAUAGGGUAACCUCUGUAACGGUUUCACAAAGCCACUGUUAACCUUUAUGACAUAUCCACAUCUUUGGUGCCAGUCUUAUCUACAUUAUGACUUGAGAUUUUUGCAACAUUCCUGAUCUGGCCAGUGUAGUGUAAUGCUUUUUUUCCCUCUUACGCUGAAAAGAUCAGGGAGUCAUUCUUGUUUACAAGGUUGUAAAUGGCAUUUCCCCCCUCUCUCACCAAGAGUUCACACUCCACCCCCCCCCCAGUUGAUGUGGAAGCCUGGUGUCUAUCUCUGUUGUAAUACUGUACAAAAUGUGUGUGUAAUGCAUCUGAACGACCAAGCCAUAUGCCCGAACAUGAAUGUUUCCUGUUUCAUCCCAUCUGACAUCUCUCCCAGUUUGUUGGCUGAUAUUGAUCAUCCGUGCAGAUGUGUUUUCCCAAGGGUUCAAUGAAAGAGAUCUCAGCAAGGUAGUAUCUCAGCGGGGCUGGUGGCAACUUUUUGAAAAUCCAAAGCAUCCACCCCUCCCUUCUCUUUACCGCUUUUGGGAAGACUAUUCCACUAAAUAAAAAAUUUGCAAGCUAACACUGUGAUUCUCUACAGACCAGACAUAGCAUCAAGGGAACAAAAUACUGUAAAAAAACAAACAAACACUGCUUUUUAUGUUGUGUUAAGUAACGAUAUGACAUUUCUGGGUUUUGCUGUCAGUGUAUUUAAGACUUUUCACGUUGGUUAAUGUUUGCUUGGAAUGUGAGUACGCUCAUCGGUUGUGAAUUACUGUACAUGAAUUUUGUAUCUGAGACCCACUCCAAUUA